AUGAAAAUCAUUAUUCAAACACUUCGAAUACCUUUCCCUUACAACGGAAGAGCGAUUCCAUCGCCGGCACAACCUCUUAAUCCAAGCACUCAAAAUACCUUCGAAGAACUAGACGAAGAUACGUCGGACCUCGGUUUUGACUUCGAUUCACUACCGUAUCCAAGGCCAAAGAAUCAUAUAAAAGCAAAGUUAAUUAUCAAGGACUUCUUAGAUAUAAAGAGUAAGGGUUUAAGAGACCACGAGCUUUGGUCUUUGUUCCGACACGCGUUUAUUAAAUGGACCGCGGACGAGUUCUCGUUGGCCGCUAGACAAGCACACGGCCGAAGAAACAAGUUCACAUUGCUUAUUAAACUAAAGGAUCACUUAAUAUCUAAGGGAGCAAUUGCGCGAGACCUUAACGACCUCCGAAACCUGACAAUUACGAAAGACGCGCAAAAGCGUAAGAAGAGCAUCGAGGAGGCUAUAAAGCACAAAGAAGAGCUCAAAGCAGCAAAGCAAUCAUCAAAGCGAAGUUCCCGCGACUCACUUCCUUCUCCCGUUCCUUUACUACUUCAGCUACCGAUUUUGUCACCGAAAGGAUCCGCAAGAAAAUACGAGCAAGCUCUUGCUAGCAACCUUAACGACCUUGACGGCUCGGACGGUAAUCCAGAAAAAAGGAAUAAAAGGAGAAGCGAAGGGAAUAAGCACGAAGGAAGAGGAGGAGGACACGGUGGCCCGACAAAGGGACAAGGAAAUGAGCCGCUAAGGGACCUUAAACGAGGAUACGGACCCCUUGACGGACCCGAGCCAAACCGACCCUUUACGUACGGCACCCUAAGCGACCUUGACGACGACGAUUUUCCUAAGCUCGGAACGACGGACCUUUACCCAAGAGCAAAGGAAUUGGCCUUGUUCGCGCGAAGCUUUCUUAAGAAGCUAAAGACCUCGCUUAGCGAGUGCUUUGAAAAGCUCGCUAAAGAGCUCAAGGGCAUUCAAGGCUCACUACGACCAGGUUUAAGAGACGAUAAGAGUCUCGCCGACAAGCUGUAUUCAGCUUAUAAAAACGUAUUAAAGACGACGAUUGCACGGAUGAACCUCGCAAUCACCUCUACCGCCGCAAUUGCUGACAUUCGCCGAGCAAUUGCUUUUGCAACUAAGAUCAUUCAACCUUUUCCUGAGAAUAAGAGCUUACGACCUCCCGCCAAAGCAAGCAGAGCUUACGCGAGCUUUAGCGAGCCAUUUGCUCAGCACUCCUUUCAGCACUCCUCUCAGCACACCUCAAGCAAGGAUGAUUCCGACGACUUUGAGGACGAGUACGAAUGCUUUAUUCAAGGCUGCCAAUACGGAGGAGAGCAUUGUGAGCACUUCGCAAAGUGA